AUGCAAAAUGAAUUUGACAUUGAAGUUAAUUUUGAAUAAAAUAGUUCUAUGACAUUCGAAAUUGGACAUAAUAGUGUUAGAUUUCCAAAGGCAGGAAUAAAAAUAAAUAAUGAAGGUUUAACGACAACCAAUGGUGAAUAGAUACAAAUUACUUAGGAAUCAAUAACGCAUUAAUAAAUAAAAGUCGGAGAUGUUAUUGGAUAGGGAGUUUCAAGCUACGUUUGCAGAGGAUUAUAUUUGCCUUAUAAUUGCUAAGUGGCUCUAAAGAUAAUUAAUGUUUUCGAUAAGGAUAAGAGACAUUAGAUGUUAAAUGAUCUUAGUACACUCUUAAAUGGUUGUGAAUGUGAAUAGUUAAUCAAGUUUUAUGGUGCAUAUUAUGAAGAAGGAACCAUAAGAUUAGUACUUGAAUAUAUGGAUCAAGGAUCAUUACGAAGCAUCAUUCAAUAAAUCUAUAAGAAUAAUUUAAGUGAAGUGAUAAAUGAAUAAAUAAUUGCAACCAUAACCUAUAAUAUCCUCAUGGGAUUAUAAUAUUUACAUUAGCAAAAGCAUUAACUUCACAGAGAUAUUAAACCAGAAAAUAUUCUCAUCAACAGUUUAGGAUAGAUAAAAUUGACUGAUUUCGGAAUUAGCAAAUAAUUGGAAAACACUAUAGCUAUAGCCAGAACUUUUGUAGGUACUUUGAUGUACAUGUCUCCAGAAAGAACAGAAGGUAAGAACUACUCUUAUGCUUCAGACAUAUGGUCCUUGGGGAUUAAUCAUUUAUGA